CGCUGUCCCGCCGGCUGCACGGCCCCCUCCGCGUCCUCCCGGCUCGGGCAUCCUGCCCCUCGUCCUCCCGCUUCAGGGAUCCGGCUCCUCGUCCGCCCGGCCCGGGGUCGGGCUCCUCGUCCGCCCGGAGGCGCCGUCCGGCCCCUGCGCCCGGCGGCCGCUGCCCGCAUGGCGGCCAUCAAGGCGCUGCAGCAGUGGUGCCGGCAGCAGUGCGAGGGCUACCGGGACGUGAGCAUCACCAACAUGACCACGUCGUUCCGCGACGGCCUGGCCUUCUGCGCCAUCCUGCACCGCCACCGGCCCGACCUCCUAAACUUCGACGCUCUCAGGAAGGAGAACGUUUAUGAGAACAACCAGCUGGCCUUCCGCGUGGCCGAGGAGCAGCUGGGGAUCCCAGCCCUGCUGGAGGCCGAGGACAUGGUGGCUCUGAAGGUGCCGGACCGGCUGAGCGUCCUGACCUACGUGUCGCAGUAUUACAACUACUUCCACGGCCGCUCGCCCAUUGGGGGCCUGGCCGGCGUGAAGAGGCCCCCGUCCGAGGCCGAGGAGGAGCCGUCCGGGAAGAAGGCCUCGCCCACGCCCGCCCGGGGGCUGCCGCUGUCCCCGGUCAGCACCAACGCCGUGGUCCAGCCGAAGGACAGGGGCGCAGAGGGCCCCCCGCUGAAGGCUGGCGGCGCGGGGAGCAGCACCUGCGGGGUCUGCGGGCAGCACGUGCACCUCGUGCAGCGACACCUGGCGGACGGGAAGCUGUACCACCGCGGCUGCUUCAGGUGCCGGCUGUGCUGCAACACGCUGCGCCCCGGCGCCUACCGGCCCUCGGCGGAGCCCGGCGGCUUCGUCUGUUCCAGCCACCGCCCCGCAGCCGCCCCCGCGAACCCCGUGGCGCCGGGCCGGGCCCCCAGCGCCCCCCAGACGGCCCGGGAGCCCGCGGAGGGCACCGCCACGGCCAGAGGCUUCCCGCGCACCGCCCCUCGGGGCUCCCCCUCCUCCCUCGCCCCCUUGGGGAGCCCAGCCGGGCCCAGGCCCUCCGGGGGCCCCGUGGGUGGCAGAGCCAGGACGCACGUGACCAACAGCUCCCCGGCAGGGUGGUCCCCGGCCGCGUCCACGGCGGCCGUCAGCCCCCGUCCCGCUGCGACCCCGAGUGCCCCGGCCCCCCUCCCGGCCCCGCAGCCAGGCCGGGCAGCCUCCCCAGGGCCCGCGCCCCCGGCCAAGGGCAGUGCCGGCCCCGCACCUGCGGGCCCAGCGGGAGCCCCGGCCUGGACCCCGGCGGCCUCCAGGACGCAGCAGGCCCGCGAGAGGUUCCUGCAGGCGCCCGGAGCGCCCAGCACGGGGCCGGACCGCGGGGCCCCCGCCGAGGCCGACCGCAGGGAGCAAGCGCUGAGCUGUCUGCGCAAGGCCCUGCCCGGGCUCGCGGGCGCCCAGGCGCCAGGCAGGCCCGCCCCAGCCACUGCCUCUGCUUCCAACGGCCUUCCCAGAGCCGAAGGGCCACGAGCAGGUCCACCGGCCAAGCUGCCACAGUCGGCGUCUCCCCCGGCCCUCAGCCCCCCUGCAAGGACUGAGCCGGCAGCCCCCCCGAGCGUGGGCGCCACCACACGGGCAUCCAUGUCGCCCCAGGUGGGCAGGACGAGCUCAGCGGCGCCCUCAGGGGGCAGCCGGGCAGCUGCUGACUCCAGGCUGAAGCCAGAGGCCCCGCUGGCGAAGGGCCCAGGUGCCGGCUCCCAGAAGGACCAGGUGGACGGGCCGGCGGCGUGGAGGGGCCACCUGAAGCCCGUGGCGAAGAAGCCCCCGGCUGAGAGGGCCCCGGAGCUGAUGGAGCCGCAGGUCCUAGGGAAGCCGAGGGUGGGGGCUGCGCCCCAGAAGGUCCCUGGGAGCUCCGAGGGGGGCGUCUGCAUCACCCUGACCCCCGUGCGGCCCGACAGGACACCGGGCCCCGCUGCCCCCCGGCCCAGCCUCUCAGCAGCCGCCUCCCCUGCGGAGCCCUCGCCGUCCGGUCGCAGGAAGCUGGCGGUCCCCCCCAGCUUGGACGUUUCUGGCAACUGGCUUCAGCCCAACCCCCCGCGACAGGAAGCCCUGGUCCAGGGCCAGAAGGACAGGCGCCCUCCUCAGGACAAGCCGGGGAGGCCCUUGGGUCCAGCCGACGCCCCCGCCUCCCCUGGCAGGACGGUGACCUCCCCCGUCAAGCUGCACCCCGACUACCUGCCCCCCGAGGAGAUCCAGAGGCAGGUGCAGCAGAUCGAGAGGCAGCUGGACGCGCUGGAGCGCAGGGGCGUGGACCUGGAGAAGCGCCUGCGGGCGGCUGAGGGGGACGCCUCGGAGGACGCGCUCAUGGUGGACUGGUUCCGGCUCAUCCACGAGAAGCAGCUGCUGCUGCGGCUGGAGUCAGAGCUGAUGUACAAGGCCCAGGACCAGCGCCUGGAGGAGCAGCAGCUGGACAUCUUGGGGGAGCUGCGCCAGCUGAUGGCCCAACCGGAGGGUCUGAAGUCACCCCAGGACCGGCAGCGGGAGCAGGCCCUGCUGACUCAGUACGUGAGCACCGUGAACGACCGCAGCAACAUCAUCGACUUCCUGGACGAGGACCGGCUCAGGGAACAGGAGGAGGACGAGAUGCUGGAGACCAUGAUCCAGAGACUGGACCUGCACAGGAAGAAGUCCAAGUCCCGCUUCUCCAGGAUCUGGUCCCCGAAGGGCAGGAGCCGGACCCCCGAGUGAGCCCUGGCUGCGUGCGGGGCCCUGGCCCCUCCUCGUGGGGCCCGAGGGGCCUCAAUAAAGAAA